AAGGGAGGGGGUGAGAUGUUUUCAGAGGGAGAGAGAGAGAUAUCCCUGAUACACAUCGACAAACAGGCGGUUUGACGGGACACAAAAAGAGAAGAGAAAAAAAAACUGGUCACAUUUCUCAGGCACCUGAAAACGUGCUGGUUAUUUUAAGACUCGUGUUGCUUAUUGAUGAGUGGGGAGUGUUUAAACUACUUCCACUCGGUCAUGUUUUAUUGUGACUGUACAUGGUAAGCAGCUCAACGCGUUGGGACCUCUGUCAUUUAGAGAAUCUCUUGUGCAGUCAUAUCUUAACACAGUCUGGCAUCAGAAGGUCGCAGCCCUGCUGUCUCCUCACUUCGGAAGUUAUUUGGAUCGUUUUUGCUCUAGAAUAAUAUAGAAAGUAAUUUUCUUUUACUUUUUUUUCCGGCUCACUGGGUUUUCUCAGCACCCCAAAUGCUCUGCGCACACUGCUGCUUGUCUAAGUAUUUGGAUACACUCUUUAUGCCUUGGCAGUUCUUGACUCUUUCACCUGUUUCAACGAAACUCCUCGGUCGCAAGCAAAGGCAGACAGUCUAAUAUUAGACGCCCACUAUUAAACAACGCGGAACAACUGAACAGCAUCGACCUAAGCUACUAGGAAACAUGGAUCACAGUCCUGGUGGUGGUGUUAUCUUGUAUGCUGGCUCAUCCGGCAGUGCCAGCCCAAGUCCUGGCAGCCCUUCCAGUGGAUACCAGACCCAGUCGCCCUCCUCCCACUCGCAGCCCUCAUCCCCAGAGGGUGUCUCCUUUCAGGAGAUUGGGCCCCUGAAGCAGAGAGGGGAACGGAGAGGACGGACUCCUUCCCCGAAAUUGGUCUUCCAGUUUCCCGAAGUAAACAAUGCUCCAGUGGCCCAAGUGACAACGGUAUCAUCAGCAACUUACAGCCAUCCCACAGUGGCCAAAAGACCUUGUGGUUUCACUGGCACCUUCACCAAGACUGGAGGUAUGGUGCUUCUGUGUAAGGUGUGUGGGGACAUUGCAUCUGGAUUCCAUUAUGGCGUGCACGCAUGUGAAGGCUGCAAGGGUUUCUUCAGACGCAGCAUUCAGCAGAACAUCCACUACAAGAUGUGUGUAAAGAAUGAGAACUGUCUCAUCAUGCGCAUGAACAGAAACCGGUGCCAGCACUGCCGCUUUAAGAAGUGUCUCUCCGUGGGCAUGUCCAGAGAUGCUGUGCGUUUUGGGCGUAUUCCCAAACGGGAGAAGCAGAGACUUUUGGAUGAGAUGCAGAGCUACAUGAACAGUCUCAAUGAAUCAGCUUCCAUGGAGAUGGAGGUGUCACCUCCCACCGACGCCCCCUGCAGUCCACAGAACCAGACGAACGAAGCGGGCUCCAUAUCGCAGUCUUACCGCAACAACUUAAUGAACAGGGACGAGAAGCCAAUCAAGAUGGCCGCCGGCAACAGCAACAUUGCCUCUUCCUCUUUCCAGAACAAUUCGGCACAGCAGCCUUCCCUGUCGCACUCGGCGACCCAGACUCACCACACAGUUCACGGGGAGCAGGCGAGCUACCACGUCCCCACAAGCUGCCCUGUUUCCUCCACCAACAAUGAAAACUCCCCUGUCGUCGACAAUGCCAAGUACACCUACUCCUCCAAUCAGAACCAGUGCCCGGUGACCGGCCACAUAUCGUCUCAGUCCUACUCGACCAAUCAAAACAGUUACGCAGCCAGUGAUUCCCAGAACAGAAGUUCCUGCCCCUGGAAGCUAAACGAAGGAGCCAAAGUGCUGGCGUGUCCACUCAAUUCAUGUCCUGUGGCUCCAGCCAGUCGCUCCAGCCAGGAGGUUUGGGAGUCUUUCUCCCAGUGCUUCACCCCUGCUGUUAAAGAAGUAGUGGAGUUUGCAAAGAGCAUCCCAGGCUUCCAGUCGCUCAGUCAGCAUGAUCAGGUCAUGCUGCUCAAAUCUGGCACUUUCCAGGUUCUGAUGGUGAGAUUCUGCUCACUGUUUGACCCCAAGGAGAGGACGGUGACCUUUCUCAAUGGACAGACAUACUCGCUGGCGUCACUUAGAGCACUCGGCAUGGGCUCCUUACUGGAUGCCAUGUUUGACUUCAGCGAGAAGCUCGGAUCUUUGGGUCUGGAGCCAGACGAGAUGGCUCUUUUCAUGGCUGUCGUGCUGGUUUCUGCCGAUCGCUCUGGUAUCGUGGAGGUUGGCGCAGUGGAGCAGCUGCAGGAGAAUCUAAUAAAAGCCCUGCGCUCUCUCAUCACCAGUCGCCGCCCAGAUGAUAGCACCCUCUUCCCAAAGCUGCUGCUUCGUCUGCCGGACCUACGCACCCUGAACAACCACCACUCUGACAAGCUGUUAGCUUUCCGCAUAGAUCCUUGAAUUUGAAGAACUACAGCUUCCUGAGGUAUCUGCUUUGGGGAGCCUCCCUGCUCCCUUAGCAAGCCUGGCCUGCAGCAAACAGUGCACUGGCCUCUGCAUGAUGGACAGUUGUUGUGGGUGCUGUGCCAAGUCUGAUGCCAUGAGAGAGACAGAACUUGGGGGGGAAAAAAUACCAGUGAAGGAUGUUGGCACAGCAGGAGGUGGAGGCUCCUGAACUCAAACGGAUUCCUCCUCCAGUUCCAGGAUGGCUAAGAAAAAACAUUAAAACAUA